AUGACCACAUUUACACUCAUCCUCCUCCUCUUGGUCGGGUGCGCACUCGCCUCCCCCCUCGACCCACUUCCACCCACCAUCCCCGACCACCCGCUCUUCCCUUCCUCACCCGACCUUCAGUCGCUACACGCCCUUCAAUCGGCCUACACCACACACAUGAAACUCCAACUCUCCCGCGUCGCUCGCGUCCAUCGCACCCUCCGCACCUUCACCACUCUUCAGGCUCAAAUGCGAUCGCACUUCGCCCACCUCACCACACCUCACACGCUCGAACACACACUGGAGAGGAUCAACGACCUUCGUUCGGCUGGCUACAGGUUCGGCGCGGACGUCGAUCCGGGUCUGCACGUCCCCUGGGGAACAGAGUGGGAUUAUGAGAGGUUUGGGCCGUACCCCUCGACGCGCCUGGCAAGCGCCCGAGGAGGGGACGCGGGGAAGUUGGAGAGGGAGCUGGAGAACGCUUGGGACGCGCUGGAUCGGCAGACGCUGAUGGAGGUGGGGAGGGGUAAGAGUGGCAUGGUGUACACGGAUGAUGUGGGGCUGUUGAGGAGUGCGCUGGAGUGGCAGAGGGGCAGGUUGGAUGGGUUGAGGGAGGUCGGGGAGGAAUCGGGCAAGGUGAGAUUGUGA